AUGCUGCCACUAGCGCUGCUGUCGCAGUCGAGCGAGGCCAUGGCGUGGCAGCUGUACCUGCAGCACCUAGGCGGGUCGCAAGAGCCGGAAUCGGGGGACUCACCCGACUCACGAGACUCAAGAGAUUCGCGGGAUUCACGGGUUUCUAGGGAGUCAAGGCGGUCAACUCCCGAGGGCGUGAGGGAGAGGGCAGUGUUUCUGGAGGAACUGGGAGUGGACAUGGUAGCAGCCAUCGUGAAGUGCCCAGCUCUCAUGGACACGACGCUGCCUGUCAUGCGAGCAGCUCUCCACUUCCUGCGCGUCGACGUCGGCAUGUGCACGCCGCGCGACAUCGAACGCGUCGUGCACCGCUGCCCACAAAUUCUGACUCUGGAUGUCGAGGAGCGGCUACUCCCCGUGGUGCAUCUACUGCGCCGCGACCUCGGCCUGGACAGAGCGCAUGUUAAAAAGGUAAUCUCUCGCUGCCCUGCGCUGCUGGUUCAGCCGAUCGACACGGUGCUCCUGCCGGCCGUCAACUUCCUGCGCGCCAUGGGAGUCGAGAAUCUCGCGAAAACUGUCGUCAACAACCCGUCGCUGCUGAGCGUGGACCCCCAGCAGAAGCUGCUGCCCAGACUGAGCUUCCUGCAGGAGCAAGGGCUCACGGCGGACGAGGCGAAGCGGGUGCUGGCGCGCUGCCCUGCCAUAUUCAACUACAGCAUCCAGAGCAACCUGGCUCCCAAGCUGCAGUUUCUCACAGGGACCAUGCGUCGUUCUGUCAAGGAGAUCCUCUCAUUCCCGCAGUUCUUCUCGUUCAGCCUCGACGGCCGCAUCCAACCUAGGUUUUGCAUGGCAGCCGAGAGGGGUCUGUCUCUCAGCCUGGGCGCGCUGCUUGCCCUCCCUGAGGAUGCUUUUCUUAUCAACUGCGGGAAGCUGAGCGAGUCGUGCCAAGCAGUGGAGCAGAGAGCCAUGACGACUUAA